AUGGAAGAACACUCUGCUCCACCCAGACCACCGCCGAUGAAGAAGCUUACAAGAUCGUCUCCGCCGCCAAAGCGCAAGCGCAGAGGCUCGAUAUCGAGGCCGCCGCACAGGCACAGGCCACCCGUAUGGCCGCAGAGGCCGAGGCCGAGGCGGUCCGCAUCCGCGGCGGCAGAUGCUGAGGUGCGCGACCAGUUUGCGCGCGAGAUGGAGCUGCGCCUCGUCGAGGUGGCGCGUGUGCAGGCGGUCGGCGUCAAGGCGGUGUUCGUGCCUUCGGAGGGCAUCGGCGUGCAGAUGGGCGCAAAUAUGGCGGCGGGGAUGGCGGCCCGGAUGGCACGCCAGCGGAUUGAUGAGCUCGAUGAGGCUCUGCGGGAGAGCAAAGUUGCAUUGGAGAAUGCGAGAGCAGAGAAUGAAGGCCUUCGGAGCGAGAUUGCCGAAAGAUUUGAGAGCUUCAACCCGAUCGCAUCCGGCGAUGAGAAGAUCAAUGCCGUUAUCCGUCGCACGCCCAUUGCAGGACCCGCCGAAACUGAGCCCGGGAUUCGCGAGCUUACCGAACUACUGGAGAAAUCCAAGACAGAUACGGCCGAGUUGCGUGAGCAGCUCGCGGAAAGCAAGGCCGAACGAGACUCGGCGCAUGCGGAAGUGGCAGCGCUGCAGUCGCUGGUGGACGAGCGCACGGCCGAGCUGGAGAACCUGCGCAAGAAGGUCAACCGCGAGAUUCUUGUGAACGGGAUCGAAUGUGGCAAGGCGUCCUCGUCCAAGCAUGACAUCUCGACCGCGCGGGACGAGAUCACCGGGCUCAAGCAUAUCGUGCAAGAGCUGCAGAUGGAGAACUCGUCACACGCUCAGCGGAACAACGCGCUCGAGCAAGAGAACAACUUCCUUCUCUCGGAGACGGAGCAGCUUCGUCAGGAACUCAAGACGCUCGAGGAGAACGUCGAGCAGAGUUUCAUGCGCGAAGAGGAAUCGCUUUCCUAUGCCGCUGAUGGUGCAGAUUCUGCGGAUGACAUUGUGAAGAUGCAGAAGAAGCACGAGACUGAGCUCGAGCAGCUGCGCAAGAAGCUUGUGGAGGCGGAGCGGACGAGCACGCGGACAAUUCAUGAUCUCAACAAAGAGAUCAGUGAGCUGGAAACGUUGAUUGAGUCGAAGUCUACCGCGAAGUACGAAGAUCUCGAGUCUGAGAUUGAGAAGCUCAAGGACAAGCUCGCGUGCUCGCAGAAGAAGAUGUCUCGCUCCUCAGUGUCUACGCCUACCUCGGCGACCCCGUCCGUCGCCGCGUCACCUUCGUCCACGUCGACGGCGAACCUCGAGACUGUCUGCGAGAUCUGCGAGUGCCCCGGGCACAACAUCUUCACGUGCGACCUGCUUAAGGACGAGGGUGCGCCGCUGGGCAUGGACGGCGGGCUGAUGAUGGUGGGGCUCGACGGGGUGUGA